AUGGGGGGGUUGACGUUCCUUCCCUUCAUGUUCCUGGUUGUGUUUUCAGUUUCUUCUACCCAGAUUUUCAAACCGAGUACUAUCAAGCUGGAAGAGAAUCAAAAACCUUCACUUAGUCUAGAGACAAAAAAUGAAGCUAAUCCUGGGGGAGGGGAGAAACCUGAUGAACAAGGAAGUAGUCUCACACCAGGCAAACCAGGAAUGCUCAUUCUGAAAGGACAACCAGGGUAUUCCAACCAACCAGGCAAACCAGUCGGCGGUGACCAGCAAGGGAGGCCAGAAGUUCUUAAAAAUCCUGGGAUGCCCAGUGCUUGGAUUUCCCAAGGGAAGUCAGGGGAAUCAAACCAAAAAGGAACUUCACGUUCUUUUAACAAACAAGAAGAAUCAGGAUCACGUAGUCAACAAGGAAAGCCAGGGUCUCCUAACCAAAAAGGGAAGCCAGUAUCACCUAAGAACAAAGACAAGCCAAAGUCUCUUAGCCAAAAGGUGAAGCCAACACUACCUACCAAUAAAGGCAAGCCUGGGAGUUUAGAAUCCUCUAGCCAAAAGGGGAAACCGGGAUCCUCUAGCCAACAAUGGAAGCCAAAAUCUUCUAACCAACAAAGGAAACCAAGGUCUUUAUAUAAACAAGAAGAAAGAAAAAAUGAAGAUAACUUAUCAAAGGAUGGUACAAUGAGGAUUAAGACUGGAAGGAUGGUCAGCAAGAGCUCAGAUGGUAAAGAAAGGUGCGACUCAGUUUACAAACCAGUCUGUGGUUCUGAUGGAAAGACAUAUGGGAACUCCUGUGUAUUUAAGGAAGCAAAGAGGUGUGGGUAUCUAAGGAGGCCAAAAGAGGUUGUCAGAUCCCUAAAACUGGAGUUAACAGGUGGUUGUCAAUCACUCAAUGUCAACACUGGAAAACAAAUCCUGGUCCUCUAUAAGAGCAGCAAGUUCUCUUAA